GAACCACCUGCUGCAGUACACGUUACUCCCUGGAGCUCUGUGAUUGGUCAGAAGCCAACUGUCAAGCUCCUCCCCCACGGUCAUCACGACUCGCCGGCGUCAGCAGCCCUGUCAACCACCCAGCUGAAAGUUUUUGGGCAAAUUAUUUAACCAAAGCUCAGGAAAGCCCGAAAAUGAGUCAGUUUAAGGAGCGGUUCGUGAGCCUCCUCCACGAGAAGAACUUUGUGACGGAUCUGCUGGCCACGGUGGAGCAAAAAACGGGAGUGAGGAGAGAGUACAUCACCCUGGGAGCUCUGGGUUUUAUUGGACUGUAUCUUUUGUUUGGAUUUGGAGCCUCACUGCUCUGCAACCUGAUUGGUUUUGUAUAUCCAGCAUAUUUCUCCAUCAAAGCCAUUGAGAGCAGUAUCAAGGAGGAUGACACACAGUGGCUGACCUACUGGGUUGUUUAUGGACUCUUUGGCAUCGUGGAGGCCUUUUCAGACAUCUUCCUCUUCUGGUUCCCUUUUUACUAUGCUGGGAAGUGCGUGUUCCUCAUAUGGUGUAUGGCUCCGGUCACAUGGAACGGUUCUGACAUCCUGUACAAGCGGGUGAUCCGGCCAUUUUUCUUGAAACAUCAGGCCACCAUGGACAGUGUAGUCAGCGAUCUGAGUGCCAAGGCUAAGAACAUAACUGAAACUGUCACAAAGGAGGCUGUUAACCGGGCCCUCGACCGUGACCUCACAGAUUCACACUUUGGAAAUCUGUCCUCCAUAUACUAAUCCUUGCAUCAAUGCAUUUUUUUUCUACCUUCCUGCAUAAUGUAGUUCAAUUUUUCUCUUUUUGUUCCUUCAGCUGUUAACCGGGCCCUCGAC